AUGCGGCUUCACGCGGCCUUCAUCCUGCUGGCCUCCCUUGCACCCUCUUCCCUCGCAAUUUUCGCAGACGAAGCCUACCACAAUGAUUACCACCAUGCCCUGCUGGGAACCCCCCAAGAACGGUCGACCUUCUUCCACCAGCCCAGCACCUCCUCUGCUGCUUCGUUACUAUACACUCUUACUGAAAGACAUGUCCUGGGCGCCGUGAAUCCUAAAGAUGGCGCGAUUGUCUGGCGGCAGAACCUGGCUAGCUCCGUGACGUCGGAGGAUGCUCAAACGCCACAAUCUUUCCUAAGGGCGGUUGAUGGUGAAGAUUCGGUGGUCAGCGCAAUUGGUGGGAAGGUCGCUUCGUGGGGCGCAUUGGAUGGGAAGUUGGCUUGGGAGCAUGAGUUCCAUGACGGCCCUGUUGUCGAUUUGGAGAUCUUUGGUCUUGAUGAGUCGACGGACCAGAAGCAGGUCGCAAAGGAUUCUUUGGUGCUCUUUGGUCGGAAGAAUGGCAUUGUUAGACGACUAGAUGGCGCGUCGGGGAAUAUUAAAUGGGAAUACAUAGAUAAUACUGACGAUGUCCUUUUCCAAGUGUCAACGUCUCAGACGGCGGUUUACUAUAUUUCUUUACACUCUGCAAUGCGAAAGGGAUACAAAAUUAAAGUCACCGCGCUGGAUUUGAAGACUGGGGCUUACGCCAAUCAGUAUACACUGAGUUCUGACAGCGAAGUUUCAUCUCCAGAGUCCAUCAUUUUCGUCGGUGCCAACUCGAUAUCACCCUUGAUUGUUUGGGUCGACAGUGCAUGGAAAACGAUCAAGAUAAAUGUAAUUGGGACUAAACAUAUCCACUCUAUCAUUGUUGAGAACAACAGCGGUGAAGAUGUCGAAAGGAUCGAAGUUCAUGCGGCUCAAUCUCUCAAUGCAGAGCCACACUUCCUGCUACAUUAUGCCACGAAAUCCAAGUCUUGGGCGGAAGUAUAUCAUAUAGAUAUUAAAUCGGCAUCGAUAGACAAAGCGUACGACCUUCCUCUCGUCGGCGAGAGCUCUGUUUUUGCCACGAGCACCAGGGAUGCCAACGUUUACUUUACUCGCAUUACGAAAACUGAGACCAGCGUUGUCUCGUCUGCCUCCCGUGAAUUCCUUGCGAGAUGUAUCAUGAGCAAGAAUAUCACUGAAAGUGCGUUCCACGCAGUUUCGGAAGUUGUUUCCCGCGGCUCUACCUACGCAGUUCGCUUUGCUCAAGUUUUAGAGUCGGGUGACUGGAUGCUUGUUCGAAAUGGAGAGAUUGGAUGGAACAGGCCAGAAAUAUUGACUGAAGCUGUUGCCGCUUCUUGGGCUGAUGUAAAUGGGGGCGAAAUACUUGCUCAUGAGUUGGAAGUUGAAGGUCACGAGUCGGUGAUAGGAGCAUAUAUUCACCGUCUAAAACGCCAUGCGAAGGACCUGGUUAGUUUGCCAGAAUGGCUCCAAGGAUUGCCUGUUCGUAUCCUGUCGAGUUUAGUAGCUAGCGAAGCUACUGACUUGAGCAACUUUGGACUGGGGAAACUGGUGAUAAUCGCAACGCGGAAAGGCUACGUUCUUGCUAUCGACUAUGCGACAAAGGGGAAAGUCGCGUGGAAACGCAAGGUCGUUGAAGCGCUUAAUGGCGACUGGAAGGUGAAAGCUAUCAGCACUGCUCACUCUGUUGCGACAGUAUAUGUCGAAGACGGUAGCUUCGUUAAAGUUAACGUAUCUACCGGGGAGAUCGUUGAACAGGGAAAACUCUCUGAGUCCCUUGAAUCAGUAGCCCUGAUCUCUAGUGGGGGCACCCCUGUUCCAGUCAGCGUGGGGAAAGAUGGCAUUCCUGAUCUAUCUGCUGUUUCCGUGGACAUCAACACAUUCGUUGUGACGCUGAACAAUGGCCGAGUUCUUGGUUGGAAUUCCGCCAACACCAAAGAGCCCAUUUGGGAAUUCAUACCACCCAGUGGUCAGAAACUCAUUCAUGCGAUCUCACGUCCUGCUCAUGAUCAAGUUGCAUCGAUUGGGAAAGUUCUCGGAGAUAGAUCUGUUCUUUAUAAAUAUCUGAACCCUAAUAUUGCCCUCCUAAUCACCGUCGGGGAUUCUACAGCCAAUUUCUACCUCCUUGACUCCAUAUCUGGACAAAUAUUGCACUCAAUUACCCAAUCGGGGGUCGAUACCAGCCAGCCCAUUGCAUCAGCCUUAUCCGAAAACUGGUUUGCCUACUCCCUCUGGGCCGACGUAACAAACACCUCAGAGUCAAAGGGCUACCAGCUGGUAAUCUCCGAACUUUACGAAUCCCCUAUCCCCAACGACCGUGGCCCAUUAGGUGACACUGCAAACUACUCCAGCAUCCACACCGACACAGGAAUUCCACGACCACACGUAAUCUCUCAAGCCUAUAUAAUAUCCGAACCCAUCUCGACCAUUGCCGUCUCCCAAACCCGCCAAGGCAUCACUAGCAAGCUUCUCCUCUGCUCCCUGCCCGAAUCAAAUGCAAUCAUCGGCAUCCCGCGCCAGCUCCUCGAUCCCCGCCGUCCAGUUGGUCGUGCGCCAACCUCGAACGAAGCAGAGGAGGGGCUAGUGCAGUACUCUCCCUAUCUAGAAUUUGAUGGCAGAUGGUUCCUCACCCACUCUCGCGAGGUAAUUGGGAUUCGCGACAUUGAAUCGAGCCAAACGCUAUUGGAAAGUACCAGUCUUGUCUUCGCGUAUGGGUUAGAUGUAUUUGGUACGCGAGUGCAUCCCAGUCAGGCAUUUGACAUCUUAGGCAAAGGAUUUUCGAAGGUGCAGUUAUUAUUGACUGUUGUUGCGCUGGGGAUUGGAGUUGCGAUGUUGGCUCCGAUGGCCCGACGGAAACAAGUAAACAUGAAAUGGAAGUCCUGA